UUCCGGUUUUGUUUGGAUGUAAACAUUGCAGCAUGCCAAGAAUCGUUAGAAAGAAAAGUUUCGACAGAACUGUCGUAAAGAAAUGUCCCAAAUGCGAUCAGCAGAUUCCAGUGGCUUGCAAACAUUGUCCAUGUGGGCACCAGUUCUCAAAGAAACCAUCAACUCCCACAGAGGAAGAACAGGCAAGCUUUAAGAUACGACGUACAGAAAGGACAAGAAGAGAGAGGCCAGAUUUCUUCAAUCCCAUGGUACUUGAUGUUCAGGCAAAGCGCGCCAGAAAAAAGUCGCAGAACUCCCCACAAGUGCAGGUGGUUGAAACCCCUCCUCCUGUACAAGUAGAGAAAGAGACACCCAGUCGUAAAAGGAGAGGCCGGCCAAAACAAACCCCAACAAAAUCUGUGCCUGAAGUAGAAGAAAAAUGUAAGAACCAAUUACUACCAAUAGAAGAUGACAUGUGUGUGAAGCUGCAACCAGAGAAAGCCCUCCAGUUCAACAUUAUACUCUCAGAUCUCAACAGAAAAUUUAGCUUACAGAACUUUCAGCCUUUUUGACAGUCUUGGUGGUGUGGGUGUGGACAUGUGUUGAAUGUAGCUAGGAACAAAUGUGUUGUAUGAUGUUGAAAAAGAUGUGUAUACAUUGCAGGAAAUGUCAGGUGUAAGGAGUAACUAUUACUUAAAAAACAGGGGUGCAAUUAUAUGUAAAUUAUUAUAUUGGUAUUAGUACAUAUGUAGUUGAUGCAUGAAAGGCUAGAGAAAAUAGAAUGUGUGAAUACUAGUGUGAUAAGAUACUCUGACAGUGUUUUAUAUAAAUAAAUGUAUCGGUAAGUUGAGAUUUGUGUUUUAUUAUAUGGACAUGUUGUCCUGCUUUAUCUUUUUUCCGGAGGUUAUCUAUGGAGGUUGAUAACAUUCUGCUGUGACUUUUGUUUCUCCAACCAAUCCUUAAAUUAAUUUUGACUAAAAAGAAUUCCAACGAUGCAAGUUAUGUUGAGUCUCUCCUUGAACCAGGUUUUGGUGAUAAGUCGCCUAUGUUAGACUUUUGGUAGAGAUAGCAAGAAAAAAAAAUCUUUUUCUUUUUAUGGCAUCAAUGUAUCUCAAGAUGAACCAUAUGUACUAAAAGCUGCCUGUAAAAAAAGUUUACAAAAGAGUGAAUGAUCAAAAAACAUUUUGUCGAUUUCAAUAACAGUUUAACUCAUCUCGAGAGUUUUAGAAUGUGUUUAAUACAUGCAAACCUAAUAAUAUAUACACCAGGCGUACGCCAGCAUGCCCAGGCUUCCAAAUAAUUUUGUCAAGAUAACAUUUAUUUAUACUUUUUUUUUCAUUAGAUUAUUUAAAGAAUUUAUUAUUCUAAUAAUAUCACAAUAAAAUAUUGAUAUUCAUGUCGAUGAGUUUCCUGCUAAACUCUACGUGAACUUGCAAGGUAGGCCUAUUUAUCCGUCUAGAUUAUAUAACUACCUGGCCAGCAUCCGAAUAAGUAUUGCAAUCAAGGAACCUUAAAUGUAUCUGAAUGUCUCCAGGUGUCUAGAGAUUCUUCUAUGUGUGCCUAUUACAUCUGGGACUGCGGAACGUUGACAUAUCGGAGAUCAACCAUGGACGGAGAAUGAAUGUCCUCUCUGGCAUUGUUAGAUUUAGACACAGUGGUUACCAUGUUUGUCGAAAUAUAUUUUCACAGUAUGUUUUGUGUAUAUUUUCACAGUAUGUUUUGUGAAUAUGUUAUUGAAUUUUUCAAUUAUAUCCCUCAGAAAUCCCAGGGGGGAUUCUGCCCCUCUCUCAUGUUCUCCCCCUGGUUAGGUCGGAAAGCAUACGUCCUUCCUUCAGUCUGUCCGGGCUUCAACUUCUAUUUAGGUCUUGCUACCCACCUGUACACUAUAUUGUAAUUAUUAAAAUUUGUUACUUUAAAACUGCUAAAGGUCUGUUUAGGUCAAAGAUAUUUGUCAAUAAUGAAGUUCUUGUAAUAUGGACAUAGACUGGAGUGGGAUGUUAUACAAUCGACUGAUGCAUGGGAGAUAACUCCUUUAUAUUACUAUACUAGAGAUCUUUCACACAUGUCAGACUUUUACUUAUUGUACUGCAAUCAGAAUAUUCUUUUCUUUUUAAAGAACAUAAUCAAAUUGCAAUCAGAAUAAUAGAAUUAAGAAAUACCAGGUUUUUGGGAUAUUUGAUAAAUGAAAUAUAAUAUAGUUUGUUCACUGUUGGCAAGACAUGUUUAAUUACUUCCCUUUAGACUAGAUAUCCAUCCGACAAAAAAAAAAGGCUGACAGGCGGCCAUAUC